AUGAGUCUGCCGUUGCCACUCCUCUUGCCGGCGGCGGCGCUCGUGCGGGCGGGCGGGCGGGCGCCACUCCUCUUAAGCGUCCAGGGACGAGAGCUGCUGAACGUGAACCCGAUGGGGCUGGACUCUGGAGGGUGCUCUAUGGGCUGGGCUGGGCCGUGUCUGCUGAAUACGCAAAUACGUGUCGGCCCACUUACCACGGCAGCGAUGAAUACUGAUAUGGGAGGCUUAGGUGGCAGGCCGACAAAUCCACAAGCAAAUCCUUUUGGAACUGCCUUGCAUGGUGCUGGACCAGGACUGAUCCGUACUGGGCUAGAAGCAUAUGGGGGGAGGUUUUUAGAUUCAAGUUCUGAGUUUAUGCAGAGCAAUAUAACACAAUAUUUGUCUGACCCUCAGUACUACUUUCAAGUCAACAGCCAGUAUGUGAGGAACAAACUGAAGGUCAUCUUGUUCCCUUUCUUGCACAGGGGUCACUGGACAAGAAUAACUGAACCAGUAGGAGGAAGGCUGUCCUACAAACCUCCAGUCCAGGAUAUCAAUGCACCGGACUUGUACAUCCCUUUGAUGGCAUUUGGCACCUACAUUGUAGUUGCUGGGUAUGCCUUGGGUGUUCUUGGAAGGUUUACCCCUGAGGCACUGACCCUACAGUUUUCUAAAGGGAUACUUGGCUGGUUUCUGCAAGUCAUCCUCAUCAAAGGUCUGCUGUACUCCCUGGGCAGCGGUGAAGCUCCAUUGCUGGACAUUGUGGCAUAUGCUGGAUAUGGUUUCGCUGGCACUUCCCUUGCAAUGCUGGCCCGCAUCUUCUGGAACUAUCUGUAUUACUUCAUCAUGCCAUGGUUCUGCAUCUGCACGGGAGUCUUCCUUGUGAAGACCAUGAAGAGGGUACUUCUGGGCGGACCAAGGAGCUAUGAGAGACACCCCAGCCGGAACCACUACUUCCUGCUCUUCUUGGCGGUUGUGCAAUUCCCUAUGCUGUUCUGGCUCGGCAACAUCAGUGGCUGA